UACUGAUAGUGGACACAAAGGGUGCAGAACUUCCCAUUUGGCAGAACUCCCAAGAUAAGUACAAAACUAACAAAGUCAACUCAGCAACUGUGCAAAAAGCACAGCCUCGCUCACUUGCGAUGGUGUCUCCAGCGAUUGCCCUGGCCUUCCUCCCCUUCAUUGUCACCCUGCUGAUCCGGUACCGACACUACCUGGUGCUGCUGUACCGGGCAGUGCUGGUGGCCUGGCUGCGGGACCGGCUCACCGGCACCUCACGGGAGCAGCGUGCCUUCCAGUACGUGCUGGCCCAUGCCAUCCCUGGGGACCCCCACCACAUCCUCCAGACCUUCGAUCAGUGGUGCUACCACUGUGAGCACCUCAGCUGUUUGGGGCCUGACAAAGGGCGGAUCGUGGAGCGGGUGCUGUUGGAGCGGGCACCACUGCGGGUGCUGGAGCUGGGCACAUACUGUGGCUAUGGCACCGUGCUGCUGGCACAGGGGCUGCCCCCAGGCGCCCGCCUCUACACCAUUGAGGGCAACCCCCGACACGCUGCCGUGGCCGAGAAGGUCAUCCGCCUGGCCGGCUUCAGCGAGCAGACGGUGAGCACCUGGGCACUGGGACAAAGCCCAGCUCUGCAUGGGAAACCAGGGAGGAGAUGGGUGGGGGUCCUCUGCUGCUGCAGCAGGGACUGUGGCACCUGCUGGGUAGUGUAUGUGGGAAGAGGAAGAUCCUGUUCCAUGUGGACCUCUCACCACCCUGUGAAGCAGGGUGGUGGGUGGGCACCCAGACACCCUGGCCCAGUGGCUGAGGGUGAUGCAGCACAGGUGGAGCUGAUCGUGGGCCCCUCGGAGGAGGUGAUACCCCACCUGCGGGAGAAGCACGGCCUGAUGAACGCCAACUUUGUCUUCAUGGAUCACUGGAAACGCAGCUACCUGCGGGAUCUACGGCUGCUGGAGAGCCACCAGCUGCUGGCUGAGGGGGCCACCAUCCUGGCUGAUAACGUCCUCUUCCCUGGGGCACCCCACUUCCUGCAGUACGCCAAGACCUGCGGCAAGUACCACUGCAAAGUGCACCGCGCCAGCCUGGAGUACUUCCGCGCCAUUCCUGAUGGCAUCGCUGAGCUCCGCUACACCGGCACCCACUGAGCGGGCACCUCCUGCCUCGUGGUGUCACAGUCACCAUGGCACUGCCAGGUCCCCAGCCCCUGCCUGGGCUUCAACACGGGCUCUGCACGAAAUGCACUGGCUGCUGUGGUCUGUGGUGGGGCACAGUGGGUCAUGAGGGGCUCAUUCCCUGUAGUGCUCCUGCCUGCACGGCACAGGGAGCUGUACCAGGCACAC